UGUCGGUACAGCUAUAACGCAGCUGGCUAAUCCGUGGUGCUCGAUGUUUCCCUUAAUGAUUACUACAAAGUUCCUCUCCGGUGUUAUGUGUGCAGUUUUGGAUGCAGGUGGAAACGCUGAGGUUAUCGGCACGUGGGGCUCGGAGUCCGGUCCGUGCAUGCAGGCGCUCCACUUUUGCUUCAGCGUUGGUGGAAUUAUUGCCCCUUUCGUGGCCAUGCCUUUUCUAGCGGAAACGAUAACCAGUCCAACGCCAUAUCUCGCAGAAACCGUGAAUAGUUCAGCUCCAUUUGUCGUAAAAACGGUAACCGAUCCUGCUACGUUUCUCAUUGAAAAAGUUACCGAUUCAAGGCCAUACUUCGCGGUAAGUGCAACCAUUCAAGCGCCGUUCCUUGACGCUGUAAACUCGUCAAUAAAUAAUGCAUGGUAUAUGUCAAUGUCAAAUGAGCACAAUGCAACAGAGCCAACGUGGUCAGCUUACAACAGGACGAUCCAGGAUAUGUCCGUCGACAACAGUACCAAUACAUCCGAUUCUCUGUAUGGCGAAUCGCGAAUAUUUAUAACCUACGCCAUUACCGCGGGAAUCAUAUUUUUUACUGCCGUACCUUUUGUAACGUUGAUUUGUAUUAAUGGCACCAACAGAACAAAGGAAGUACAUGGUCAAAACGAAGCCGACGAGCCCACUAAUUUUCAUUCGCUAUCGACUGCAAAGAAGUUGCUCCUCUUGCUGUUGCUGUCUCUACUCAUGUUCGUAUAUGUCGGUAUGGAAGACACAUUCGCUGGGUAUCUGAUGACCUUUCUGUUGGAGCAACUGAAAUGGAGUAAACCGAAAGGAGCUCUAGCCACUUCCGUUUUCUGGAUGGCGUUCGGAAUCAGCCGUAUGGCAGGAAUCCCUUUGGUGCGGGCAUUUCGACUACGAACAAUGAUGUUGAUAUUUUCUACACUGACGAUCGUUGCUUUUAUUGGUCUUCUUUUCGCAACAGUUUACGACAUAUAUAAUUUAGUCUGGUUAUUUAUAGUGGGAGUCGGAAUGUCAACUUCAAUUAUAUUCGCCGCCAUUUUUUCUUGGACUAAUGAGCACGUGGUUUGUGUCUCGGGUAAAAUUUCUGGAAUGUUUUUGACUUCCGCUUCCGCUGGUAUAAUGGUCUUUCCGUUGAUAUUUGGAUACACGAUGGAGCACAUUUCGCCAAUGUGGUUCGUCUACAUUCUAAUUGGUCAAAGCAUCACGUGGGUGUGUCUAUUUUUAGUAACAAUUUCGGUAACGAAUUCCUUUACUAACUUUACUUCCAAAUAGUACGCCAAUUGAAACUCACAUUGCAAAUAGAAGUGAAACAACGAGAUUUU